AGAUAGGUAAAACAACUUCAUGAUGAAAGAAUCUUCCAAAAAAAAUUUCAACCCCUGAAAAUUUUUAGUUCAAUCCCCUCCAUGGGACUAUACCCUAAGGCCAAUAUCACCAUCUCUCAAUAGCAAAGUCAUAGGAGAAGGCCAAAAUCAUGUGAGGCGGAAUAGGAGCCUGCUAAAGCGAAAAAGGAAGAGCAUAAGUUGCAUUUCAAAAUCGGAAGCAUUAAAUGCCAAAUGCUUAGAUAACAUGCAAGCAAGCAUAACUAUAGUUUAGCAUAUGAUGCCAUAUUCGAUAGGCCUCUCCCGAAGGAAGGAAAAUGAUAUUUGGCUAAGUAAUUGACAUCCAUUAUCACGGACUGCCCAUUCGCAGAGGAGGCGGUAAUGGCGAGGAUGGUGACGAUGGUAUCCUCAUCGCUGCAGCGUUUUCCUGCAAUAAAUCUCACUCCAACCAAUCUAAGGGUUCGAACCGUGCUACCGUCUUACGGGCAAUCCCGUAGGCUUGCCCUCCUCCAUUUGGGAAGCGGUUUCCAUCAGGCAAGAAUGUUUGUAAAAGGAACAUCAGUUAACAUGAGGGUUGAAGGAAAUACGGCUCAAGCAGGUGCCAUGGUUAGCGAAGAAAGCCUCCAGGAAUGGUCCAAAAAGGAUAACCGCAGACUUCUUCAUGUUGUUUAUCGUGUUGGUGAUUUAGAAAAAACCAUCAAAUUUUACACAGAAUGCUUGGGGAUGAAGCUUCUGAGAAAGCGAGACAUACCUGAAGAAAGAUACACAAAUGCAUUUCUAGGAUUUGGUCCAGAGGAAAGUCACUUUGUGGUGGAACUUACUUACAAUUAUGGAGUAGAUUCAUAUAAUUUGGGAACCGGCUUUGGUCACUUCGGUGUUGCUGUUGAGGAUGUCUAUAAAGCAGUUGAUCUUAUUAAAGCCAAAGGAGGAAAAAUUUCCAGGGAACCGGGGCCAGUGAAAGGAGGUAAAUCAGUAAUUGCUUUUGUAGAGGAUCCAGAUGGCUAUAAAUUUGAGUUGAUAGAGAGAGGUCCUACUCCAGAACCAUUGUGUCAAGUAAUGCUCAGAGUAGGAGAUCUUGAUCGUGCGAUUGAAUUUUAUGAAAAGGCCUAUGGGAUGGAGCUGUUACGAAAAAGGGACAAUCCGGAUUACAAGUAUACCAUUGCUAUGAUGGGAUAUGGAUCAGAAGAUAAAAGCACUGUUAUGGAGUUGACUUAUAAUUAUGGAGUGAACGAGUAUGACAAGGGAAAUGCUUAUGCCCAGAUUGCAAUAAGCACAGAUGAUGUUUACAAAACAGCAGAAGCAGUUAAACUAGCGGGUGGAAAAGUGACUCGUGAACCUGGGCCACUUCCUGGUAUCAGUACAAAAAUUACAGCUUGCCUUGAUCCUGAUGGCUGGAAAACGGUGUUCGUAGAUAAUGCCGAUUUCCUUAAAGAGCUUGAGUCGUAAGGCAUGUGGCAAAGAAUUUUGUGAGCAAAUAUAAUGUUAUCUGCAGAAGGUGACAUUCUUGCCACCAGCAAAUCAGGUUUUGUGAAGUGAGUAUAAGCGCCUUGCAUAGCUGUUUUGAGAAUGGGCCGUGUUCGUAAUGCCAGAAUAGUAUGACUGAAUCUUUUGUAAAUUCGUCAAUAUUGUCUCAAUUAGUUCAUUCACUGUGCUUUGAGUAAGUAUUUGUUCUAGAAAAGACUACCCUUUGUUUUCUGUAAUGUAAAUUGUCUAUUUUCUUUUAUCUGUCCAUCUGUGUUUGUAUUCUCAUUGGUUACGGAUAUUUCCAAACAUAUUCAGCAAGAUGAGAAUCUUGUAUCGAGAAAGUUUCAUGCAUAUAUAUUUAAUUUGUUUAUUUAAAUAAAAUUUAACAUUUUAAUUAUUCUUAA